UCUCUCUCUCUCUCUCUCUCUCUCUCUCUCUCUCUCUCUCUUUUUCUCUCUCAAGAAUAAAAGCCCGAAAUAGCGAUUGAAGCGCGAACUAAACAAGUAUCGCAGAGGUGGGGCGAAAGAAAUAAAUUCAUACGAAUUAGGAGACGACGCUUAAUCGUCGCUCUUUCGAUAAAAAUGAUAAUUUAACGGACACUCGUUGCGCGUUAUUGGAAUAAAAGAGGCAAGGGAAGAGAGAAGGCGCGGUGGACUCGCGAGCAACGUUGGUGACCAGGCUAAAUCGAAAACUAUGCGACUGAUAGAAAGCAGUAUUCGUGCGAGAAAUUGUUAAGUAAAAUUCGCGUAAUCUAGCCUUAAUGAGAAAGAUCAAAUUAGGUUUAAUUGCGGCGGUACCGCGUGGAAAUUAUCUCGAUUGGCUGUAAAAUGUUGUCGUGGAAGAUUAAGGGCCGCAAUGGCGACGUGGCCAGACGCGUUCCUCUUCGCACGGUGAUGUAUCUAGUGAGAGUAAUGUUAUUAGGUAACUUAAGCGUACGUACUAUAAAGGAGCAUAACGAAAUGCCAGUUGUAAAAAGUUUUUUUUUUUUUUCAUUUUUUCGUUCUGGGAUGUAACAGAGAAACCGAAUGGGAACACGUCCCAUUGAUCGCCGAGAAACUGAGGAACCGAGCGAGUCGUUGGAUACCAGGGCGCGAAGGAAAUUAAGAGAACUUAUGGAAAUUACGUUUCGGAGGAAAGAAAAACGAAGCCGCGAUAGAAGCGUGAAGUUUCAAAACACGGCCGCGCGCAUCGCUUUUGAUCGCGAAAUGUUGUUGAUACCCCCAAGAUCGAGUUUUCCUUUCUGUUCUUUUCGUUUUUCCUUCGUUCGUUUAUUUCACCACGGGACACGAUACGCCGUGAACGACGAUACAAUUGUAAAGAAUAUAGUAGCGAUAAAGGAACGAGCAGAAGGCGAUUUUAUAAUGGGCGAACGGAACAUUUUCAUGUGUAUACGCGAUUACAAAUUUUUUCGAGAAACGACAGCUUUACCGAUAGUUAAACCAAUAGUUUUUCGCAAAACACGAGAGCACACGUAACGAAACACCUACACUCGUACAAGGACAAAACACACACACACACACACACACACGCAUCCACACACGAUACACACGCAUAUACAUAUAAAGCGAUCCAUGCGACGACAAAACAAACAAAAAAAAUAAUGUUGUAUGAAUAUAACGUUUGCAGUUAGGUGGGACCAAAAACGACUUUAUAUCUCUAUGUGCAUAUCCAAGCAACGUGUAAUUUAAUUAAUGAAUUAAUUAAUUAUCCAUUAUUAAUGACUAGGUAAAGAAAAAAGAUCCAUUGAUAGCGAUCGAGGACGAUGACGAAUCAUUAACCAAUAAUUAGAUUAUUAAGUUUGUUUAUUGAUGCAUUAUUCUAUGAUAUAAUUAUUAUUAUUAUUAUUAACUUUAUUGCCUUUAUUAUUAUUUUAUUACAUUGAUUAAUGCCGAUGAUAAUAUUAUUAUUAUUUAAACAACGUUUUAAGACAUGAUUAUUUAGAUAUCGAAUAGAACAGUACGUAUCAUUAAUUAUUAAUUAUUUUUAAUUAUUAUUAUUAUUAUUAUUAUUAUUAUUAUGAGAUAUUUUGUUGUAUUAUUUUCAAUAAAAUCGAUUGAAAAUAUUUAAUUUCCUCGGUUUUUAAUUUUUUAUUUUGCGUUUCGCCAGCAGUUGUCGUAAGUGAUUACUUCUUCCCUUCGAUGACCGUGGAGAAUCGCGCGAUUUCUUUUCCUUUUACCUGUACGAAAAGAAAAAAGAAAAUACACAAGUCUUGCGUCACGGUGGAAGAGCGAGAAGGAAAGAAGCGGACGAGGCGAUUCGAAAUCACGGCUCUCUACCUAAAUAUCCCACCUUUCUCUUCUUCGGUGCUUCGGUCUAGAGUUCAUUGUUUUAUGCUUUUCUAUUUUCCGUUUGUUAUUUUUCAGUUCAGAUUUCAUUGGCUGCGUCUGUAUACGAUUCUCACCCCACAAAAAGAAAAACCCUCCGAGCAGUCACGUAUCGCCGGAUGAUUUUACGAGACUCGGGAAGAAACGGGGGAAGAUGGAACGAAAACGGUCCAACCAGCACACGUGUAAUUAGAAACGUAGAUGCAAAAGGAAGAAGAUAAGGCACCGAAAAGUAAACGCCGGAAAAGAACAGGUUGAAAAGGAAUACCGAUCGACGCGGCAAGAGGUUAUAAGACGCGAUCGCUAAGAUGGCGAACGAAAAAGAAGAAUUAUCGUUAGCUCUACCCGAACGUUCUGUCCGUGUUCCACGGGGUUUGCACCUAUCGGAAAGUAUCUAUAUAGCUUACUGUGAUCCCUUUGAUCAAAUCAUAACUCUAUUCUCCUUAUUUGCGUGUUAUCCGAAUUCCAACGAGUAACGCGGUUCCAUGUUACGCAAAUUUACGGUACAAACAGAGUUGCAUAAAUCUAGAAGCAACGACUCGAGUAUCCAAGGUGACACAGGCCAUCGAGAAUCGAACGAAGGUAUCCUUCGGAGCGUAGAGAACAAAAGAGGCAUUUUACCCGUCGUUCUAAUCGUAUCGAUCGUUUUGAAUUUGUUCGGAAACAUUUCUAGCGUGUUCGCGGUAGCGAGCCGACCGAACAGAACCUUCCGGUAGACCUAGAAAACAGAAUUCCAUACAGAGAAGCAGGAGGAACGCGUGGAAGCAAACAUACAAACAAAAGACAUGAACAAGAUACGGAAUACAACAGUAACAAACUACCACAGUAACAACCACACCCAAUGAAAAAAAAAAAAUAUAUAUAUAUAUAUACAGAAAACAGAGAGAGAAACAAAAAAUGGGAAAUAGUUAUAAAAGCCACACACAUACGCGUACACACAUACACACACAAAUGUACUAAGUAAGUUCAUACUGCGUAUUGCCUUUCUGACUUCGGUGUGAAAAUAUAUAAAUAAAAAAAAAAAAAUUGUCAGUCGCGCCGGGACUCGGGGAUUUUCGAGCGACCUAUACGAUAUAGUAUAUAGCUGUUUAGUAGUGUCCCGAGGGGCGCACGGUUCGUCGAGUUUCCCGUUUCUCUCAGCUUUCUCGGCUGUUCUCCGCGCGCUUUUCCACGAAAAAAAGGAAAACAGAAAAAAGAAAAGGAGAAAGAGCGAACAAUGGGGAAGACGUUCCACGCGGCGAGACAUUCUGUUUGUUUUCUCGACCGUCGGUCUUCCCUGAUCUUCGACCUCUUUCUCGAGAACGAAACGUCGAUCGAGCACCGAAUCCGAUUAUUCAAUCGGAGAACUACCGAGGUAAACGGGAGCCCCGACCAAUAACACGUCGCUGAGACCAAAAGAAUCAUUUUUCACGGUUCCGCAAGUAAAAAAGAUGUCCCCGAGAAUAAGCGAAACUCCCCGCGUCCUCGCCUGCUGUGUCUGUUUCAUGUUUUUCAAUAUUUGUAAUUUAUCGAUAAAAUUAUUAAAACGGUAUCGAUACAUAACAGUCUAAAGUGUGCGCUACUCUACAUAAUAUUAUUAUAUAUAAAGUAUAAAAGUAUACAUUAUAUAUAUAUAUUAUAUAUAUAUAUACAUAUAUAUUAUAUAUGAGAAGUAUAAUAUAUAUAUUAUACACACAUUGGGAUUGGUGAGAAUAUACGGUUUUUUCGCUUUGGAGUGUUAUUUUCUGAAAAUAUUGAACAAAAUAUGGAAAAAAAAUUAAAAAAUAAAACCAAUGAAUAAAAAAAAAAAAAACAAUGAACGAACCGUUCUUCCUCGAUUGUUUCAUUAUUUUUCAUCGCGACACCUCGACAUCGCUCGAUUCGAACAAGAGACGUGCCGAUCCCGCGAGCAUUUUCCCGUACUGUCGUUACAGAAUCGACCAAAGGAGACCAGAAAUGUCGAAUACGAAGAACGAAAGCGAUCCACACGGUGAAACCGAAAACGAGGUUCAGUUUCCUAGCUCUAAUCGUUUCAUCUGCGGCGUACGUCGACGCCGAGAGGAUCGAAUGCAAAGAGGUGCACGUGCGCGUCAUUUAUCCGUCACACGUCGAAAAAUUCGGUAUUCGAGCCUCUCGAACAGCCCUUAUCGCGGACAGCCUUCAACGAAACGUCAGUCCCAUGGCUUUGCAUUCAACUUUCACGGUUCCUGAUUUUCGACGAUGCCGGGAAACAUUUGUGUCGGUAGACGUCGACCAGUGUUGGGUCUUACAGCAGUGGUCAUUUCCUCUACUUUACUUUUCAAAUAGUUACAAACAUUUUAUAGAAGUAAAAUCAUCGUUGUCAACCCCCGUGGCCCCUUUCACGCGAGAGCUCGACGCUUCGUUAGUUGCGUUACGUGGUAAAUCCGCGCGUGCGCAAUUGUCAUUAAUCAGUAAUCGUAAAUUGCAUUUGUAAUAUGGAAUUAUAAAUCACUAAUUGGUAAUCUUGCAUGGAUAAUGGUUUCCGAUUAAUCAUUAAACCCGAGUACUGGUUAUUCGGUAAUGGUAAUCGUGAAUUACAUUUUGCCCGACACUGGUGUCGAUGCGAAUCCACGAUAAGAGUUAGCGAAAUUCGAUUUGGUUAAAAAUUUGCUAGCAACCCGAUGGACAGUCGAUGGAUCGGUCAGAAGUCUUCGUCGAACCUGAGAAAAAGUUUCUGGCGACCCUUCCAUCUAAAUUCAAGAGCAUGAUCGGGACAUCGUUCAGAAUCGAGAGCGAGAGACCACAGGAUCUCAUCGAGUUAGAAUAUUUAUUCUUGUAUCGAAAUAAUGGUACUAAAGCGUGUAGAGUCUUCGUAUUUCCGCAGAUCGCUGGGAAAUGCUCUCGAGAUCACCGACUACGAGACAAACAUGGCUUCCUUUUGGUUCCUAGACACGUUAGCGCUUCAAGUUCUACAGAACAAAAAGAACCUCGAUGGCUAUUACUUGAGCGUCUUGAUCAGUUGGCUGGCUGGGGAAAUGACGUUGAUUCGAGAUAAGAAGCAUCCUCGUGAGACGUUUCUCGAAGAGAUGAAAGAGAUUUUCAACGUGGCUGCUUCUAAAGUGACCGAAGAGAAUCGAGUGCCUUACUGGGACGAAAUCGUGUCUAACGAUGACACGGAAAAAGCGGAAGUUGAAGAGCAUUCGGUGAACGACCAACGUUCGUCGAUUUUAAACGAGUCGAAACGAGAGUCAACGAAAAAUCUGCAGAAAAGGCAAAGCAAAGAGUCACGCAGCAAUGUCAAGAAGGAAGUAAAUAGAAAAGAAACAUUCUCGGAUAGCCUCGAAAAUCCAUCAUCAUCCGUGUCGGAAGAAAUCGAGAAACCUUUCAGCAACGUAGACCCAAUUCUUGCGUUGGACGCCCUGAUGGAAUGUACAUACGACAUGUACGCCAACGAGUUUCGAUACACCCUCGUCUACGCAGUCUUCGUUGAGCCAAUAGAAUUGGAAAUAUGUGAACUGCCAUUUGUUCUUCGAGAACCACGGCCAGUGAAGCUGGCAGAUCCUAUGUCGAUGCCUUUUGACGUGAAACUUCGGCAGAGAUUUGGAAAGUCGAAAAAACCGGAGAAGAAAACGACAGGUAAAAGAAAGAAAAGAACACAACCGGAAGUACCCGUGACUCCUCCGCCUUCUCUAACAGACGAAGAGAUGUUAACGAACAAGCGUAAAUUUAUUUUACCGCUGAUAGAAGCAGAAAACGCGUUGGAAAUAUUUGAACAGUACGAGGACACGCGGUAA